GACGUUAAGUCAUGUUAUUACGGAGGAGUCCACGUGCUUCCGGACACUUAUUGGAGCUUUGUGUAGUUUUAGUUUUGUUUUCUGUUUCUGUGAGCUACAAACUUAAUGUUCCUAGUAUUCUGCUGGACUACAACAGAGAUCUGCCAUCAAAUUUUACGAUUAAAGUUACUGGUGCGGAUUCUGGAGACUGUUUUGACUGGCGCUCAGAAGAUGAAAGCUUUAUUAAAGUCAGCCCUCUCUACGAUGGUCCAGAUGGAAAUUGCUCCCAAAAAGCAAUUAUUUCCUCGAUAUUUGAAGCCGGCGGGAGGAAGGUUACAAGAGUCUCUGCUUUUCAUAAGAAAAACUUGGAUGAGCUUGUUUGUGAAGUAAUUACAGAUGUCAUAUCAACUAUUUCAAUUGAUUCAACUAGUAAUGAAUUAUCAGUCGGCGGACCUCCACUUAUGUUGAAAAUAUCUGCAAGAAACAAAGAUGGAAAUGUGUUUACUAGCAUAAAUGGACUUCGAAUUACAUGGCGAGUUACCAACUCAGAAGAAACUUAUGAAAGUGGAAUUAUCAAGUAUUUAUUUUCUCUUUAUGAUUUCAUUUUAAGCUAAGAAAAUCCGAAUUUCUCAACUGUGCAAUGACAUUUGCAAGUUGUAAAUUCACACAGCAAUAUGUAAUGAUUUUUAUUGUGGUACGUUUUAGCUGAAAUUACUUAUUCGUCAGUAUUUAUUUUUUCUCUUUAUGUAAAAAUAGCUGUACCCGUACUGCUGUGCUCGUGCUACAUGGAUAAAAAAAUGCUUUUUAAGCGCAUAUAAAGUU